AAAAAAUUCCAUUUUUGUACAGUAAAUAUCAUUUAAAAUGUCAAACGUAUCUAAAACCACAGCGCUUGUAAGGCGAACUACAUUUUCUGCAGCUGCUACUACGGCUUUCCCUACGAACGCCCCACCAGCAAUUUCAUUGAAUUUAGAAAAAAUCUCAGAUUCAACGAGGGAAACCAAACAAAACUCUACCGGUGCAGGGAAGCCUUAUUCUGAAGUACCCGGUCCAUGGGGCAUGCCAGUAAUAGGAAAUUCAUGGCGGUUUGCACCACUAAUUGGUCCAUACAAAAUUAGUGAUCUUGACAAAGUUAUGAAAGAAUUACAUAUAAACUAUGGAAAAAUAGCAAAAGUUGGUGGAUUGAUUGGACAUCCUGAUUUACUUUUUGUGUUUGAUGGAGAUGAGAUACGUAACAUUUUUAAAAAAGAAGAAGCAAUGCCUCACAGACUCAUGCUCACAGUGUAUGGCCUAAUGACAAUACCCGAUCACGAUGAAGGCUAG